AUGGCGUGUAAGGUCGUGCAGUCUCCGUGUCAUGUUCCAUCAUCCAUUCCUGACCACAAUCCAUCGAAACCACCGGAAGAAGCUCCAGAACAUUUUGUCGCCGACGGUCAGCAGCCUAAUAAGGCCAUUCCAAGAUUGGAUGUUACUGAGGUUGGAAGUGAAGAGAUGGAUAUUUGUUACGAGGACAUGCCGCUUUUGGAUCUUUCGCAGGUUGGAAGUGAAGAGAUGGAUCAUGGUCACCAGGUACCGGAUGACGAUGGCCUUCGGGAAGAUGAAAUACCAUGUGUUGGAAUGCGGGAUGGGUUUCGUGUGUCUCGUGUCAAAGCGUCAACGCGGAAGAACAGGAUCUCAGCCGCUGGGUGCAAGGCAAGGAUAUAUGUGAAGUUUGACAAGGAGACGCAAGACUGGUUUUUCUUCAAGGUGAAGUUGAGUCACUCGCACCCAUGUUCAGCGAAAAAGGCGGUGCACUACCAUGAGUAUAGGAAGCUAACCAUGCAUGCGAAGUGCGUGAUCGAGGAUAAUGAUGAGGCUGAGAUUCGACCAAACAAGACUUUCCUAGCUUUGGCAAAUGAGUCUAGGGGCCCAUCUAACCUGGGAUACUCAGAAAAGGAUUUACGAAACUAUAUUACAGCUAGGCUCCGAACUAGCAACGUCAACGUGGAUGUCAGAGAGAUGAUAAACUAUUUUAUGAGAAUGAAGGACAUCAAUCCAAACUUCUUCUACGCGAUAAAUUUGGACAAUGAGUGUAAAUUUCGGAGUGCAGUAUGGGUGGAUGCAAGGUGUAGGGUGUCGUACAAAUAUUAUGGAGAUGUUGUGUCACUUGAUAGCACAUACAACACAAACAAGCAUGGAUUACCGUUUGUGUCGUUCGUCGGUGUCAACCACCAUGGUAAGUCGACCAUCCUUGGUUGUGCUCUUCUUGGAAAUGAGGAAAUCCCAAGUUAUGAGUGGGUUUUCCGCCAAUGGGUCAAAGAGUUGUAUGAUGAGUUCAAUGAUAUUGUGUGGAACUCUCGGACCGAGAAGUCAAUUGAGGAUAACUGGUAUGAAUUCAUAGACGAGCACAACUUACAUAACAACACAUGGCUGUCAGACCUCUUUGAUGACCGAUGCAUGUGGGUCCCAAUAUUCUUCAAGGGUGAAUUUUGGGCUGCCAUGAGGAGCACGCAAAGGAGUGAGAGCAUGCACUCAUUCUACGAAAAUUUCUUACACAGUCAGACUAGCUUGGUCCAAUUUGUUCACGAAUAUGACAAUGUGCUUGGAAUUAAGGAGCAAAGGAAAUUGGAGGAUGAUGCAGCAGACUCAAGGGGGGAUGUUCAAAUUGAGUUUGUCAAGAAGGCUAAUUGUAGGGUCUCUGUUGUUGCUGAAGAGGGGCCAAUGGUAUGCAUGAAGGUUGAAGAGGAAAAACUAGUGAAUGAUACUAUUCUUUGUGUUCCGUACGACGUCCACUUCGAUCGAUCCACACAGGAGAUUCGUUGUGAGUGUAAUCUAUUUGAGAGUUUAGGAGUGUUAUGCUGUCAUUGUCUUGAAGUCUUCCAUUCUUACAAGGUGUAUAAAGUACCUAAUCGAUAUGUACUCCCUCGUUGGAACAAGAACAUAAAGCGCAAGCAUAUUUAUGUCAAGAGUAGUCACAACAUCAGUCGGUCGGAUGAGAGUCAUGUUGCAUUCAGGGGACUAUGUGCACACUUCUACAACAUUGCUCAGGAUUUUGUAAAUGACGAUGAAGAAACAGCCUUGCUUCAUGCUGCUCUGGAAGAAACAAGAGCUAAGUUGACUGCUCACCGUGUUAAGAAGAGGUUCGAGACUGUGGCGGACUCCCACAACAAUAAUGGCUCAACAACUUCGAACGUUGCCGCUGUGAUGGACAUCCAAGCCCCAUCGAAGGUCAACACAAAGGGCCAGCCAAAGAGUAAGAGGGUCGGCGCUGCCCUGGAGAAGUCAUUUAAAAAAUCUGCUCGGAGGAAAAACAAGCAUGACCCCCCGGUGGUUUUUCCGGAGUCAACUCAAGAUGUAAGAUUCGGUGGUGUUGUAGGCCAGGCUGAUCCCGAUCAAGUUGGUGGCUUCAUGUCUUUGUUAAGCUCCUUUAGCAAAAGUUAA